UUAUUCCAAAACCCAAACCCAAAACCCUUUUUCUUCCUCAGGAAUUCAUUCCGCAGCCUCUUCUGAAGACGCCCCAUAUCAGAAGUAUUCUCCUUUGAUCGGUUUCCCUUUACAUAUUUUCGUUCAUUUUGCUUAGGUGCUGUUGUUCAUUCACUGUUUGCUGCCUCUACAUAGUUGUCUACUUGUAAGAAGCUCAGAGAAAUGGUGAAGGGCGAUUCAAAGAAACAUGUUCUCACUGCUUUCACUCCUAAUGGGGACUAUGCUGCUAUUUUGUCUGCCAAUGGGACGGCCAAAAUUUGGAACACAAGCACUGGACAUUUGUUAGCAGAGUGGAAGGCAUCAGAUGAAGAUAAUGAUCCUCGUUAUUCUUGUAUUGCAUCUAGUUACACAGGAAAAAAGUUUAGAAAAGAACAGGGAACUUUCUUAUUAGCUCUUGGCACAAUCGAUGGAAGAGUUCUUGUUGUUGAUGUUUCCACUGGUGACAGAAAGUUGAUUACCAGCUAUCCCGGGGAGAUCUGUGGACUCUCAUUUGCAAAUAAAGGUCAUGUUCUUCGCAUUGUUGGACGUAAUGGGAUGGCAUAUGAGGUUAACACAGAAACAGGACAGCUUUUAAAGGAAUUUAAAGUAUCAAAAAAGUCUAUCACUUGUCUGGCUUUCUCACAUGAUGAAAAAUAUUUAGCUAUUGUCAGCUCUAAAAUACGGGUUAUUAGCUGGGAAAUUGGGAAAGAGGUUCUGAAGUUCCCCAAUGAUUUGGGAAAUGUACAACACAUUUCUAUAUCCAAUGAUGCCAAAAAUUUAGUUACAUUUGAUUUUGAGGGUAAGCACCUUCAUGUUUGGAAAUGUGAUUUAAAUUCAGGAAAUGUGGGUAAAGGUCCUACACUUCCCCUAAGGCAUCCUCCAGUAGCUUUGGACUGCCGCUGUGGUUGCAAUAAAGAAGAAGAUAUCGUUCUUUUGGCAGUUAGUAGUAGAGGUUCUUCUUAUAUUUGGAAUUUGAAUGCUUUCUCCGAAGAUCGGAUGCAACCAACUAAAUUAACCACCAAGACCAAAACAGUUGAAACAGACAAGGAAAAUGGGGGAAGUUCAAAGAAAAGGCACACCUCAAUUAUUGCAUCCAGAUUACAACCUAUAGAAGAAGACAAACAGGUUAAAGCUAUUGUGACUUAUGGCUCUCUGGAUCAUCCUCAGUUUAGCGUCGUAAAUAUUAGCAAUUCAGGGGAGACAAUAGUAUUAAAUGUAGAAAAUGAGACCGAUUCUGCUCAUCAGCAUGGUAGUCCUUCUGGCAAAGCAAUAUCAAUGGAAAGCAAGAAAACUAAGAAAAGACAAGCACCAUCUGAUCCUGAUGUUACAACUGACAUGGUGGAUUUAGAUCAACAUGAGGCUGCAGAAGGAGUUCUCCUUGAUAAUGAUUUGGAUGAGCCAACAAUGGGAGAGAAACUUGCUAGUCUAAGUUUACUGGAAGAGAACAAAUUCAGGAGUGACAAAGAGCAAGAAGCUUCUGUCUCAAUAAAGCCUCCAAGUGCAGACUCCGUACAUGUUUUGAUUAAGCAAGCAUUAAAUGCUGACGAUCGCACCCUUUUGCUAGAUUGCUUGUAUACGCAAGAUGAGAAGGUUAUUAGAAAGUCAAUUGCUCAGUUGAACCCAUCCAACGUCCUCAAACUUCUAUACUCCCUCAUAUCCAUUAUUGAAUCUAGAGGUGCAAUCUUGGCUUGUGCGCUUCCGUGGUUGAAGUAUCUACUUCUACAGCAUGCGAGCGGAAUAUUGUCCCAGGAAUCGUCAUUAAAAGCUUUGAACUCUUUGUAUCAACUGAUUGAGUCUAGAGUCUCCACUUUUAAAUCUGCCAUCCAACUCUCAAGUUGCUUAGACAUUCUUUACUCAGGGGUUAUUGUUGAGGAGGACGAUGAAGAUGAAACAGUGCCAGUUAUCUUUGAGGAUAAGGAUAGUAGUGAAGAAGAAUCCGAUGAAGAGGCCAUGGAAACUGGCCAAGAUAUCACAGAUGAAGAAGAAUCAGAACAAGAACUUGAUGGUGCAAGUGAUAUGAUGGAAGAUUGAUAGUGUCUUUUUGUCUUAACGUAAUUGGCAAUGGCCCAAGUGUUGUAUGCAUUUGCUUAGGCACAUGCUAAUACUCAGUUUUGAAAUGUUCUACACAAUCAUAGGAAUUUAACAUGUUUGGUUUCGUUUA